AUGGUCGGGUAUGCAAUUCGGGAUGCGCUACUCGAUUUUCCCGAUUUGAUAUCAAAUCACCUAGCAUUGUAUGAGGCGCUAGUAGAUUUCGAGUUACUGUCAGAUAAGGGAGAGCCGAAGAGGAUUCGGACUUCAUCAUCUGAAGCCCAGCAAUCACCAUCGAGCACUGAAGGAUAUAUAAGUUUCAAGUCACGAGUAGUUUCUAAGCAAGAGAAAAUAUAUCAAGCACAGGAAGAUGGAGGACCAGUCCCGGCGCAAGCCCAGGCUGAGAGUCAAUCGCUAUCAAAUGGAGACAGUACGCCACCCCCGGUAGUUUCCGUGGUGACGGCCAAAACAGUCGAUGCACCUGGUGGAUCAAAGGAGGAGGUAAAGAAGUGA